UUGUCCUCCCUCGGCCACCGUCCGCAGCGCGGUGGGCGGUAUUUUGUCCGCCGGGCGCCGCCGUACGGGAUCUCAGUCACCGAGUUCCAGGCCGCCGGAGCGUGGGGCUUGCGGGAGCCGGCUGGCGUUGCCGGCACCAUGGAGUCGCCUCUCAGCCCGGGCCUCUCUCACCGAGCCGAGGAGGACUGGGAUUCUGCACUGUUUGCUGAACUUGGCUAUUUCACAGACACUGAUGACCUGCAUCUGGAUGUAGCAAAGGAAACUUACGAAAACAAUUUUGAUAAUCUUGAUUUUGACUUGGAUUUGAUGCCUUGGGAAACAGGCAUUUGGGACAUCAACAACCAGCUCUGCACAGUUAAAGAUGUUAAGGCAGAACCUCAGCCACCUUCUCCAGCCUCGUCAAGUUGUUCGGUCUCCUCUCCCCAGUCAGUGGACUCUCACUCUUCAACUCAGCAUGUUCCUGAGGAGUUGGAUUUGUCUUCUCCUUCCCAGAUGUCUCCCCUUUCCCUUUAUGGUGAAAGCUCUCAUAGUCCCUCCUCAGCAGAGCCCCUGAAAGAAGAUAAGCCCAUCGUUGAUCCUGGGAGCAAAACUGAAAAUGGACUGACUCCAAAGAAAAAAAUUCAGAUGAAUUCAAAACCUUCAAUUCAGCCCAAGCCGUUAUUACUUCCAGCAGCACCCAAGACUCAGACGAACUCUGGCGUUCCAGCGAAAACCAUCAUUAUUCAGACAUUACCCACGCUUGUGCCCUUGGCAAAGCAGCAGCCUAUUAUCAGCAUACAUCCUGCGCCCUCUAAAGGUCCGACCGUCGUGCUUUCUCAGCCUGCGGUCGUACAGCUUCAGGCUCCCGGAGUCCUGCCCUCUUCUGCCCCAGUCCUUGCUGUCGCCGGGGGAGCCACACAACUACCUAAUCACAUGGUGAAUGUGGUGCCGGCCCCUGUGGCAAACAGCCCAGUGAAUGGAAAACUUGCAGUGACUAAACCUGUCCUACCAAGUACCAUGAGAAGCGUGGGCUCGGAUAUUGCCGUGCUAAGGAGACAGCAACGUAUGAUAAAAAAUCGAGAGUCUGCUUGUCAGUCCCGCAAGAAGAAGAAGGAAUACAUGCUGGGCUUGGAGGCCAGGUUAAAGGCUGCGCUUUCGGAGAACGAGAAGCUAAAGAAAGAGAACGGAUCCCUGAAGCGACAGCUGGAUGAAGUCGUGUCAGAGAACCAGAGGCUUAAAGUUCCUAAUCCGAAGCGAAGAGCGAUCUGUGUGAUGGUAAUAUUGGCAUUUGUAGUGCUCAACUAUGGACCCAUGAGCAUGUUGGAACAGGAUUCCAGGAGAAAAAAUCCUAGUGUGAACCCUGCAAAUCAAAGGAGGCAUCUUCUAGAAUUUUCUGCUAAAGAGGCGGAAGACACAUCAGAUGGUAUCAUCCAGAAAAGUAACUACAGAUAUGAUCAUUCUGUUUCAAAUGACAAGGCCCUCAUGGUCCUAAGUGAAGAACCACUGCUCUAUAUCCCUCCGCCUCCUUGUCAGCCCCUGAUUAACACCACCGAAUCUCUCAGGUUAAAUCAUGAACUUCGAGGAUGGGUUCACAGACAUGAAGUGGAAAGGACCAAGUCAAGAAGAAUGACAAAUAAUCAACAGAAAACCCGUAUUCUUCAGGGUGCUCUGGAGCAGGGCUCGAAUUCUCAGCUCAUGGCUGUCCAAUACACAGAGACCACUAGUAUCAGCAGGAACGCGGGGAGUGAGCUCCAAGUGUAUUACGCAUCACCCAGAAGUUACCAAGACUUCUUUGAGGCCAUCCGCAGGAGGGGAGACACGUUCUAUGUGGUGUCAUUUCGACGGGAUCACCUGCUGUUACCGGCCACCACCCACAACAAGACCACAAGACCAAAAAUGUCAAUAGUGUUACCAGCAAUAAACAUAAAUGAGAACGUCAUCAACGGGCAGGACUACGAAGUGAUGAUGCAGAUUGACUGUCAGGUGAUGGAUACCCGGAUCCUCCACAUCAAGAGCUCGUCGGUUCCCCCUUACCUCCGAGAUCAGCAGAGGAAUCAAACCAACGCGUUCUUCGGCUCGCCCGCAGCAGCCCCGGAGGCAGCCCACGUGCUCAGCACCAUCCCGGAGUCACUACAGUAGCCUCUGAGGCCGCGCGCGAAAACCCGGUGGGAUCCUGCCGAGCUGGCGAGCAGGGGAGAGACCUGUUCCUGUCUGCCCUCUUGGUGGCCGGCAGAGAGCUGGGGUUCUCACCAUCUGCCGGAAAGCACUGACAUGACAUUCAGACGUGAGGCAGACCGCCUUUCUCCAGCAGCAGAUGCUGCCUGCGUCCUCCGUGGCUGCCCGGUGUCGAUUUUUCCCUGUACCUUCCUCAAUUGCUUUUCCUUCUGUACUUCUUUUGUGUUUAAAUAGUCAUCGUUAAAAUAAGAUCUUCUUCCCUUCUCUGCCAUUUCACUUACUGACAGAUUUUUAUUUACAGCUGUACAGCACACUGAUGUUUCCAGCAAUUAGAGUUUUUAUUAAUUUAAAGCCAAUCCAUUGUGGAUAUAGUGCUUAUUGGAAAUAGAUUUCAAAACCAGAACAGCGAAAAUUGUCCCCAAAAGAGUCAAGACAAUUGAGAACUUUAGUAAAAGGGAAAAAAAUCCCCAUUGGUAAAGUUGGUCUUGGCCAGGGAAUGGUGGCUCCCACCUGACCCGGUGUGUGCAGAACCGCACAGGGGCGCCGGGGGAGGACCAAAGGCAGAGAGCGUCAGGGAAGGGCAGAGAGCGCGCGCUGUGGAAGGAGCCGGCUCUGUUACACGCUCAAAAUGCUUUAAGUUUUGAUGUGCCCGGAGCGGAGGGUGAAAGCCACGGCAGCCUUCAUUUUAAGGCUCUGCAGGCUAGCGUACGUGCUUGUAUGUGCUCUUUCCUCGUCCGGUGCAGGUCCGCAGGGACCCCGGGACAGACCCUUCAGCUUUGCUGUGAAUCCCCACCCGUAACACGUUAACACGAUGACACCGAAUUCAGCUGAGGGACACGCAGCGUGCUGUUAAGCAGAUGAGUUUUUUCUCCUCAUGAGAAUUGACAAGUAUUUAUUCCUCAAGACUCUGCGGACAGACUGGCUUAGACUCCUGCUCCCGGAGGGCAUCCCACAAUACAGCAAGAAUUCCCAGUUUCUCCAGUGAAAAAGACAGUGAAGGAAUUAACAUUUUUGUCCUCCCAUGGUUGGGAAAAACACAAACAAACAAACAAAAACCAGCCCUAACUGCAUUCCCUCAUCUCUCACUGUACCCUGACUACUUUCUUCUCACUGAUGUUCUUCUGCCUUCAGUUUAUAAAGUGAGUCCUGUUCUACGAAGCUUCACACUUUCUUGCUAGAACUGGUUCUGCAGACGCGGCUUCUUACCCUAAUCUGCUUGCCCAGGUCGGCUCUCAUGCCUUCCAGUCCCUGCUCCGGCCUUCCGCUGCUCUGAGCCUGAGGAAAGACCGUCGGUGCGAGUCCUGCGGGGUGCCCCAGCCCCCUUCUGCCCACGAGGGCCAGCCUGGCUCCUGAAUAAUCCCGAGGAAACUUCUGGAUAGCGGCGCCUCUGCCUGAGCUCAUCAGAUGUGCUCUGAGAUCCGUGUGACUUCGUGUGGCCAGCGGGGCACUCUGCUGCCCGGCUCCCCGGCACUCUGGGGUUCGGCCACGUUAAUGAGCCUCAACUCUGCCCCCACCCCGCCCUACGCGAGCCAGUGAGAGUCCAGGCCACGCGGCCCCCAGUGCGGCUGUCGGGGCAACAUCCACAUGGGAACCCCCUUCCCGGGGCCAUGGGACAAAACCUGCAGGUGGAGGACAGCCUUCCCUCGGGGGUGUCUCCUCCCGUCCCGGCUCUUCCUCCCCGUCGUGCGCACCAGCCGAGCCAAGAGCCAUGGCCCCAGCCAGCGGGAAGGGGGCCGUGGUCCUUCCCAAGCUGUUAGUCCACUGGAGCUGUCACAGCGGUCACAGGCACAGCCUUACGGACGUUGCCGCCUCUCCCGAGCUCCGACUCUCACCCGCACACCGUCCCUGACCGGUCUGACCGACAGUGGCAGUCAUGUCCCAUCUGCCCCCGACGACGCCUCUCCCAUGGGCGGGGAUGCGGGGGCCGGCGGCCUGGGAGCCGCGCCCGCUUUCUCCCCGUUACCGGUUCUCGAGGGGAUCCUUCUGAGAUGAGGGAGCAGCCUUCUCCCCAGGGUGAAGUCCCCAGAAGGGAGAGAACAGCCACUGCGAAGCAGUCCUCUGCUUUUGUAACUGCCGUCAGAGCUCACUAAUUCCUGCGCAGUUUUGAUGUAGUGUCUGUGCUCACACCCGGUCGGCCUGCUGGGAAGGAGAAGCUGGCUCUGACUGAUGAAUAUAUUAAGCUGCUUUUUGAGUUUUAGGAUAAAAUGGCCUUUUCGGGAUUGUAGCCUGGGAUAUAUAUCAGUAUCUUAAUUUAUUUUUUUAUUAAGUGGGAUUUUGCAAGCUUGUGGGAUAAUUAGAUACCCUAGAGGAGUCAAGUCCACCCAUGGGGUAGAGAACUCUGUCCCCUUUGUCCCCCGACCCCUUCUCCCCCAGGCGGUGCUGGCAGGCGCGGCCGGAGCUGCUCUCCCACCUGCCUCUGAGCCCCGCGUGCCGAGGCUUCGUGGCAGCAGAUGGUUCCUCGCGCUAACUACGGAGUCAGGCGUCGGGGAUCCCCGCCCUCCAGGCUAGGGCCCGCAGCAGAACAGACGAACGGCUCCAUGUGAAUAGCCUCUCUCCAAAGCUGGGAUUUCUAAAAGAAUCAUCUUGAAUCAAAAGUUUGCCAUGCUUGUCAUCCAGAAGCUUUCCAUUACAUUACUGGGUGAGGUUUAUCUUUUCACAAGUACAAAAACAAAAACAAUCUGUUAACUAUAAAAGCUCAGAGCAUCUCCGAACUUUUCUCUAAAUGCCCACAGGCCCCAGCACCAAGCAGACACGUCUCUGCCUUUUCUUGUGAGCAAGAAGCAGCCACGGAGGUAUUUGAAAGCAGCAAUGUUAUGAGUCAUUCUUGAGCGCGGAAUAAACAGGACUGAGAAACAGACAAGCAACUUGGGAUUCAAACUGAUUUUUCUAUCCUUUUUAAAGAGACACCGUCCCAACAAACCUUCCUGGCCUGACUCUUCCACCCCGGGCAUGAGCUCCCGUCGGCACAGCAGUGACCCCGAUGAGACGGCCAUGGCUGCGGCCUUUGGUGUGAUGGAAACCAGACCCCUCUUCAGCUCCUUGUGACAUUUGCACUAAUUUCUGGCUCUUGCCCUCUCACUCAGCUCAGGUUAUAAAACUUGACAGAAAAAAGAGCACAGGGAAAAACCCGUAUUUGACUUUCAAACACUGAAAAGUCUCCAAAUGACUUCUACUUUCAGCUACAUAGAAGAAAUCACCCCUUUUCACCAACGAGCCAGAGUCUGACCCCAUGUCCCCUGCAGCCUGACCUCAAGGACAGUUUCCACCUAAAGCUUGGUCCACUGCACCCACAUGGGCCGACUCCGCCUCUGGCAGGAGAUUCCCAGGAACUGAACUUUGAAUGAAGCCUUUCAUCCCAUUGGCUGUUUCAUGCACAUUCACCUCUCAAGAUCACUUCAUGCUGGAAUCCACAGAUGCUUAUCACCACCUCUGCAUCCCCACAUUUUUACAGAAUGCUACUUUUGUCCUUCCGGAGUCAUUCUGAUUUACAGAAAUUAGGAUCUUUGCUGCUAAUAUAAGCACUAAUUAUAUCACAUACCUUAAAAACAAGAAUAAAGCCUAAAGAAAGCAAAUGGGAGAAAUUCUCGUUCCUACCCCAGUCACUUCGGGGAAGGGGGGCAACUUCUGUGUCCCCUACUCCUAGAGGUUGUGGUUGAUUUUUAUUUUCUAGAGAAACAGAGCACUGGACUACCCAAACAUGUUGCUUGAGUCCAGAUGGAACUGUGCACAUGAAAGAAAUGCCGUUUUCUCCCACCUGACAUAGAAAUCAGAGUGUAGCCUGUUAACUUAUAUUUUUAGUGACUAAGCUUAAAACAAAGUUUAUUUUAGAUAAGUCUAGAGCUUUGAGCAGCUUGUUCUAAUAGUUGUGUUAUCUGUCGGAUUAUGAAAAGACUGACAAAGGCAUCGUGAUCAGGAAAUUUGGUCUUGGGUGUGAAUCAUGUCGUGGCUAGCCACUGCCAAAUAGUGGACACUGGUUUUGACAUAGCGGUUUGCUGACUUUAAGCAUGAGAGACUUAUAAUAAUGCCACAUUAAGAGACUUAAUUAUAUUAGUUUGGGGAACCAAGGAGUAAAUAAAUCAUAGUUUGUCAUCUGCCAGGGUCAGCAGACAGCACCGCUCGUAACCACUAGUUAAACCAAGAGGCUUGAUCUAAGUGGGGGCCGCCCCGGAGAAAGGCCGGCGGGGUGACUUCUUCACAGUCAGGGUCUAUCAGCCCAUCCAACUCACACUCAGCCCUAACUGGUCAGUCAUCUAGAUAAGAGGGGAAAGAACUUUAGAUAAAACUCCCAGGUACUACUGGCCUUAAGACACCAGUUUCCUGUUUCUCAUCACGUUGGCAAGCGUGGCUGGGCUAAGACCAUGUGCUUCACCCCGGAGCCAUCAGAGCCCGGGGAGAGAGCGUCCCCCAAGCCUUCCACCAGGGUUUUCCUUCCGAGGCUGCAUCGGCGCUAAAUGAAGAGCAGGUUAAAGGUGAGGAGGAACGAGGCGCCAUCCUCUCCUGCGGCAGCUGCGUCGGUUUACGGUGCAUCAAGAAACCGUGACAACAGACUUACGCGCUUGUAAGCACGUCUUCACAAUGCAAUACUUGUUCUUUGUCUAAGAUUCAAAUAAAGAAUUUUUAAACUUG